UUCACAAUGUCUUUCUGCAAGGGAGAGUGUCCCUAAAUCAGGUAAUGCUGUCAAGAGGCUUCUUGAGCACAGUGAGGAAAUUCAGGAGAGCACAAGAAUGGACUUCUCUUCUUCUGAAGAGAAAUUUGGAAUGGAAGUCCAUGACAUGGCUUUCCCAAAGAAGACCAGGAAGCAAGUGAAGGACACUGGCCUCAAAACAAAAUCCCAGGCAGCAGGUGUUUUGGAGAGCAAGCCAUCACAAAAACAGAAGAAAUAUGAAUUGGGGAAAGCAGGAGAUGUUUUAAAGGUACGGAAAAAGAAUGUCAAGGAAGAUCAACACCAAAGACAGACAGAAUUUGCUGUAGGAAAACCAAAACAGAAAAAAGCUGCUGGGAAAACAGUUGCUUUUCCCAAAGAAAAACCAGAAGGUGUCAGAAAAUCAGAAACUAUAGAGGAAUCACACCAAGAGGAAGAAGAAAGGAGAGGCGAUGCUGAUUUGGAACAGUCUGAUUCUUUUGAUGAUGGAGGAGGAGGAGGAGGAGGAGGAGGAGGAGGAGGAGAAAAAGAAGCCGAGGGUGAGGAUGACAAUAGUAUGGAAGGCGUCUCUGACCAAAGUUGCCCUCCUUCCACUCCUCUUCAGGAGGAGCAUCCCUUGGUGAUGCAGGAAGAAUGGCCUUCCCCUGAAGACACUAUCCACUCUUCUACAUCUCCGGUCAACCUUCCAAACAACAAAGCAGCUCUUUUUCAUGCAGUCCUUCCUAUUGCAAACGGCUCCCAGACUGAUGAAGUCCACAGUAGGGAAUUUCCAGAGCGUCUCCUGAGAAACAAAGAAAACGAGAAACUGUCACGGGAAAAGAUGAUAGCAGAGAGAGCAGAGAAGAGACGGCUGGCAGUAGAGAGAAAACGAAAAGAGCAGGAGGACUUGAAGCGGAAGGAACAAGAGCAACAGGAACGUAUUGAGAGAAUGAAGGAAGAAAUGCAGCUGGAAAAACAGAGGAGAAUUGAGGAGAUACGUUUAAGAAAGCAACAGCUAGAAGAAGAGCGUCGGCGUCAAGAGGAGGAGGCUGAAAAGAUGCAACAAGCUGAAAAGGCUGCUCAAGAACGUCUUCGGCAGCAGCAGGAAGAGUACCGUAGGAAACUUCUGGAAAUCCAAAGGAAAAAACAGGAGGAGGAAGAAGAACGUGCAGAAGCAGAAAAACGCAGACAAAAAGAAAAGGAAAUCCAACUAGAGGAAGAACACCAACGCUUAGCAGAGAUGGCUGAGGAAGAAAGGUUGGAGUAUAUGAAAAAAAAACAGGAAGAAGAGGAGAAAAUGAGGCGUGAGGCGGAGGAGAGAAGGAAGAAAGCCGAGGAAGAGGCAAGAAUUGCAUUAGAAGAAGCAAGGCAGCAUGCACUGUUACUGGCAAGACAAAGAGAAGAGCUGGAGAAGCAACAGCAGUUCCAAUACAAGACCCUUGUGGAAGCCAGUGGCCUGGAACGAGAGCAGAAUAUUUCCCGUCCAUGGGUUUAUUCCUAUUUCCAGCAUAGUUUUUUAAAGGUGAGGGAUGAUUAUUAAAGAAGAUGCAAGUAAUGUUUUUUUUUUACUACCAAAAGGCUGCAGUCAUUUCCACCUACCCCAAAAGCCAGUCCUGUUCUCUGCUUCUCCAGGGAAAAGUUGCUCUUUUACACCCAUACAGUAAACUAUUGUGUUCCGGUUGAGUCAAGACAUGGAACCACCUCCUCUAGAACAUUGAUCUAAUUUUGUUGAUAAGAAGCUUUCACAAGCUUGCAAGGAUCUUCAUGAACUUCAGACAAGUGAGCUAUUCAUGACGUCUAAUGAAGCAAGUCAUGUGCACUGCUCUAUUCGAAAACUGCAAUGGUAAAGUAGCCUGGAAAGAUGGUAUAUAUUCCUGUUCCACAUAUACAAGUUGCACUUUUAGUUGAACUUAGUUCUGUAUUAGUGAUGGAACUGCUUCUUCCAUACUUCAAGACAACGGGGCAUUUUAGGGUCAACCAGUGUACCAG